UAUUGCUUUAUCUCUGUAAAAUGUAAAAUAAAAGAAAAAGGCAAAAAGAAAAACAUGCACAUUAAUUUCAUGAUAUGAACACACAAGUCACAAACACACACUCUCUGAUUCAACACUUGGCAAAGCUAAUUCCUCAUCAGCAUUGCAUCCCCCAAUUAUAAAGCAUAAACUCAUCUUCCAUCACUCCCAAAAUUCGAUUCACGCACAGAUCUAGAGAGACAGCGAGAAGGGAAUUAUGAUGUGGGAAGCUGGAGGAUCGACAGCCUCAUCCUCAGGCGCCGGUGUUGCUGCCGGAGCUGGCGUCGCAGACGGCGGCGGCUCGGGGAGGAGAAAGCCGUCGUGGAGAGAGAGGGAGAAUAACAGGAGGAGAGAGAGGAGGAGGAGGGCGAUUGCAGCUAAGAUUUACACAGGGCUGAGGGCGCAGGGGAAUUACAAUCUGCCCAAGCACUGCGACAACAACGAAGUUCUCAAAGCUCUCUGCAAUGAGGCUGGUUGGGUCGUUGAGCCCGACGGCACCACCUAUCGCAAGGGAUGCAAGCCAAUCCCAAUGGAAAUAGGAGGCACCUCAACCAACAUCACUCCAAGUUCUUCAAGAAAUCCAAGCCCACCAUCUUCCUAUUUUGCCAGUCCCAUUCCUUCAUACCAGCCAAGUCCAUCGUCGUCGUCCUUCCCCAGUCCAUCCCGUCUUGAUGGGAAUGCCUCGUCACACCCAUUCGCCUUCCUCAUGAGCUCAUUCCCUUCGUCUCUGCCUCCUCUUCGAAUAUCCAACAGUGCCCCAGUUACCCCACCCCUCUCCUCCCCAACAAGAGUCCCCAAGCAAACUUUCAACUUGGAGACUCUUGCAAAAGAAUCCAUGUCUGCCUUGAAUAUACCCUUCUAUGCUGCUUCUGCCCCGGCUAGCCCAACCCGUGUCCAUCGCUUCACUCCAGCUACCAUUCCGGAGUGUGAUGAGUCCGACACCUCCACUGUUGAUUCCUGCCGCUGGAUGAACUUCCAAGCCUAUACAAAUGCUGCCAACAUGGUCCCUACUUCUCCCACCUUCAAUCUCAUGAAACCCGUGGCUCAACCCGUUCCUUCCAAGGAUGGCAUGUUGGAUAAGGGCAAGGCUGCUGAAUUCGACUUUGAGAGUAUGGCAGUGAAGCCGUGGGAAGGUGAGAGAAUCCAUGAGGUGGGAAUGGACGAUCUUGAGCUCACCCUAGGAAGUGGCAACACUCGUUAGCUUUCCUUGCUCUUGCUGCAGGCUUAAAAGGGCAUGCCUAGUUCUGCUCAAGUUUUAGUUUUCAUGGAAGACUCUCAUUCGGAGACGAACCUUGACCCAUAAAGCUUGUAUCGGUUCGUCUCUAGGUUGGAUAAUUCAUUCAUAUUGUUUCUGUCUGGCCUUUCAUUUGAUCUUUUCAUGCUUUUAGCUAUUAUAAUUGGCCCCAUUUUAAGUUGCUUGGGGUACUAUUACAUGUAGAUAUUUGUUCUCAUUUUUUGAAUUGUGAUCAAGGUCAUUAUAGACUAGUAUGAUAUUCCUCCAUGUGUGAACUUUUUGAUGUUUCUUAAUCAAAGAUUAGUUUUUUCAA